CUCACACCGCAGCUGGCGCCGAAGAACGUUCCGAUCUACCUGCAGCAGCUUCCCGAGAUGUACCUCAAGCGCGGCACCAAGAUCUUGGAGGACGAUGGGAAAUACAAGAUCACUGCCACCACCGAUCUCGAUUGGUCGGAACUUUCCGCCCGUGCUGUCGGCCUGUUCGAUGUCCUGCUUCAGGGUCAGUCAGGAGCGACUUUUGGCAAGGGCGUGUUGACCAAGCUUCGCAGCAUCCACCCUGAAAGGGAGGACGGCCGCAAACAGCUGCACAACUUUGUUGGGCAAGUUCAUCGGCUGGCCUGCCAACGCCCGUGUACAGACUAG